AUGUCUCCUCGACAGAUAGCAAAGUGCGCGACCUUUCUCACGCUGACCGCCCUCACCGCCCUCGCCCUGGUCGUCAUUGUGCGCACCAUUCUCUUUACGCCCGCCGAGGCCGAUCUCUACUGUUCGUCGGUGAGCGCCAAUGGCGCCGGUUCCAAUGGCGGUGGCGACGUUCAGACUUCAGCCGACCACAAGGCCAUCACCGCCGAUCGAGGCCUCAUUGAGCGUUUUCAGCAGGCGCUGCGCUUCCGGACGGUGACCAAGGCGCCCAAGGACUACAGCGUCAAUGAGACGCACCGAUUCAUACACUUCCUCCAGAGCAACUUCAGUCGCGUGCACUCCUCGCCACUGGUCACCCUGGAGAUCGUGAACGGUCUGAGUCUGCUGUACCACGUGAAGGGCUCCAAUAGCGCCCUCAAGCCGUACAUGGUGCUUGCCCACCUAGACGUUGUCCCCGUGCAGGAGCACAUGUGGCGAGUGCCGCCCUUUGACGGUGUUCUCCAGGACGGCUUCAUCUACGGCCGAGGGGCACUCGACUUGAAAAGCGUCGUCAUGGGCGCCCUCGAGUCGCUGGAGUUUAUGCUGGAGCACGGCACGCCCAUUGAGCGCUCCUUCUACAUUGCCAUCGGCCACGACGAGGAGGGCAGGGGGCUGGACGGCGCCGCCGAGAUCGCCCGCUACAUGACCGGCCGCGGGCUGAACGACGUCGAGUUCAUCCUCGACGAGGGUCCGUACAUCUUCCGCAAUGCCCUGCCCGGCCUCUCCGCCCGCGACGUGGCGAUGAUCGGCGUCGCAGAGAAAGGGCUCGUCAACAUGCGCCUCACCGUCAACGGCACCGUCGGCCACUCCUCACUGCCGCCCCGGGAGACGGCCAUCGUCAAGCUGGCAAGGGCCGUCUCCAAGCUGCACGCCAACUCGCACCCGAACCAGUUCGGCCAGGGCCCGGAGCGGGACAUGGUGGAGGCGAUGGCGCCCUACGCCUCCCUGCCCUAUCGCAUUCUCUACUCCAACCUGUGGCUCUUCUCGCCGUUGGUGGCCCGCCUGCUGGAGGCCGACAAGCUGAUGAACAGCUUCAUCCGCACGACCACUGCAGUGACCAUCUUCCAGUCGGGCAUCAAGGAUAACGUCCUUCCGGGGCGCGCAGAGGCGACUGUCAAUCACCGCAUCUACCCUCUGAACAGCGUCGCUGACACGCUGGCCACCGACGUGGAGGUGAUCGACGACGAGGACGUCGACGUGGCCAUUCUGGGCCGCGCUAUUGAGCCGCACCCCAUAUCGCCCUAUGGAGAUGACACCUUCGGCUACCAGACGAUUCGCGCCUCCAUUCAGCAGGUCUUCCCCGGCAUCGCCAUCAUCCCGGGGAUGAUGUACGCGGCUACUGACACCCGCUGGUUUCUUAACUUUACCCGCAACAUCUACCGCUUCUCGCCCGCCUACAUCACCCUCGACGACUUUGGAAUGGUGCACGGCCACAAUGAGCGCAUCAGCGAGGAGAACUACCUCAAGCUGGUCAACUUCUACCACCACGUGAUGCUCAAUGCCAACAAGGCGCAGCUUGAUCUUCCUCCGCCCAAGGAUGAAUUUUAA